AGAGAGAGAGAGAGAGAGGAGAGAGAGAGAUACUCUGCAUCUUCAUCUCAGACAGUGUUUUGGGAAAAUACAAAAAUACUGUACAUAAUAGAAACGAGGGAAAACACCUCUGCCUUUCUUUUCUCUCAAAUGACAAGACACAAAAAAGUUUUUUUUUUUCAUACAGAGCUGUUCACAGACUAUGGGUAUGAGCUGAAAGGGUGAUUUGUCCAGGUGGGGAAGCAUUGACUGGCUCGCGCCACUCACUGAGAGACCUUGUGCGCGAGGAGUGCACCCUCCCUGUCUCUCUCUCUUUUCUUCCUUCUCCGCUCCAGCAGGCACCGGCUGGGCUUCUCCAACGACAAGCAAAAAUCGAGGGAAACGAGCGGGGAACAACAAUCGAGAGAAUACAAAGGGAAAACAAAGAGUGCGAGAGAGAGGGAACGAGAGAAAGAGGGGUGAAAUACAUCGUUUCUCCCGGCUGUGGUCGCGGUCUCUGACACGCAAAACUGAGCCGCCUCACUGAAGCGGACUGUAGCGCGCGCAGGGCUGUGCGCUCCUUCAGCCAGCUAAUCUCGUGGACUAAAGGACCGCGCGCGGCGUUUCAAGACGGCCCGAUGCGGAGAUUCGGACCCGGAGCGGUUCUGAAGACGGAUUUUUAAAAGCGGCCGCGCCUCUCCCCAACACACCGAGCUCCGCCGUUUCCAGGACGUCUGUUUUUUUUCCGCUGCUGCACGCCACCAGGAUUAAUAUGCUGAGAGGAGACAAUUAGCCGAAGAGCAAAGACAUGGCUGAGAGGCACCAGGAUUCUCAGAGUGAGCUUUGACAGAAUGGUCGACUGCAUCAGCAAAGUCAUGCUGCACACGGCUAUCUCAUGCUGGCAACCGUUCCUGGGGCUGGCCCUCGUCCUCGUCUUCGUCGGCUCCGCCCUCGGGUGCCCCGCCCGGUGCGAGUGCUCCGCCCAGAGCAAGUCUGUCAUCUGCCACCGCAAGCGCCUGCUGGCCAUCCCCGAGGGCAUCCCCAUCGAGACGCGCGUCCUGGACCUGAGCAAGAACAAGCUGCGGAGCGUCAACCCGGACAACUUCUCCUCCUUCCCGCAGCUGGAGGAGCUGGACCUCAGCGACAACAUCAUCGGCUCGGUGGAGCCGGGCGCCUUCAACGCCCUGGUCAACAUGCACAGCCUCAGCCUGAAGAGCAACCGCAUCAAGCUGAUCCCGCUGGGCGUGUUCACCGGACUGGCCAACCUCACCCUGCUGGACAUCAGCGACAACAAGAUCGUCAUCCUGCUGGACUACAUGUUCCAGGACCUGCACAACCUGAAGGUGCUGGAGGUGGGCGACAACGACCUGGUGUACAUCUCGCACCGGGCCUUCAGCGGCCUGCUGGGCCUGGAGAGCCUGACGCUGGAGCGCUGCAACCUGACCAUGGUGCCCACUGAGGCCCUGUCGCACCUGCACAACCUGGUGACCCUGCGCCUGCGGCAGCUCAACAUCGCCGUGCUGCACCCCAACUCCUUCCGCAAGCUGUUCCGCCUGCGGCACCUGGAGAUCGACAGCUGGCCCGCCCUGGACAGCUUCCCCGCCGACACCCUGCAGGGGCUCAACCUCACCACGCUGUCCGUCACCAACACCAACCUGUCCGCCUUCCCCUACCAGGCCUUCCGCCACCUGCCCUACCUGACGCACCUCAACCUGUCCUUCAGCCGCAUCGCCCACGUCCAGGGGGGCAUGCUGGCGGAGCUGGGGAGGCUCCGCGAGCUGCACCUGGUGGGGGCGGGGCUGCUCGCUAUCGAGCCCUACGCCUUCCAGGGCAUGCGGUCGCUGCGCGUCCUCAACGUCUCGCACAACCAGCUGGACACCCUGGAGCGCUCGGCCUUCCAGGCCCCGGAGGUGCUGGAGAAGCUCCUGAUCGACGGGAACCCGCUGGUGUGCGACUGCCGGCUCAUGUGGCUCCUGCAGAGGCGGCACUCCAUCCAGUUCGGCGAGGCCCAGCCCGAGUGCGGCACGCCCGAGGGCGUGCGCGGGCGCCCCUUCCGCGAGUUCAAGGAGUCGCUGCUGUCCUACUACGUGACCUGCACCAAGCCCCGCAUCCGGCAGAACAAGACCCAGCUGCUGUUCGUGGACGAGGGCCAGCCGGCCCGGCUGUACUGCAGCGCGGACGGCACGCCCCGCCCGACCGUCACCUGGCUGACCCCGCGCCAGCGCCACAUCACCUACAAGAACAGCGGGCGGGUGGCGGUGCACGCCAGCGGCACGCUGGAGAUCAAGGUGUCCGAGGUGCACGACAGCGGCGUGUACGUGUGCGUGGCGAGCAACGCGGCGGGCAACGACAGCCUGUCGGCCUCGCUGGCCGUCAAGAGCCUGGGGAUCAGCGACAGGUCGCUUUACGCCAACAGGACCUCUCAGUACUACACUGAGCCCAACAGCACCGCCACCAACGGGACCAACCUCUUCAACAUGACCUUUGGCCUGGACCUAAAGACCAUUUUGGUGUCCACCGCCAUGGGCUGCUUCACCUUCCUGGGCGUGGUCCUCUUCUGCUUCCUGCUGCUCUUUGUGUGGAGCCGCGGGAAGGGGAAGCACAAAAGCAACAUCGACAUCGAGUACGUGCCGCGCAAGUCCGCCGGGACAGGGGCUGAGGGCGCGGAGCAGGCCGGCCCCCGCCGGGUCAACAUGAAGAUGAUUUAAAGGGCGCCCAGGGCCCAGACUAACGAGUGAUGGGGGAAAAAAAUGGGGAUGGCAGCCUGGAAUGACUACUGCCCCCCACAGGCUGGGAGGACAAAUGGCGAGCGUUUUUGGCACUGUGCGUUUGAGAGACAGUGAGAUUGCGCACGCUCCCUCUCUACACUCCCCCCGCCGGACCCCGUGAACCACAGCCGGAAUACCGGAGGCAAUUCCCAAACCGGCAUUUCGGCACUGAGCAUUUGCCUACUCCGAAUCCCGAAAUGCAGACAUUAUAGACCAAUGUACAGAACAUAUUUGUAUCUAAAACAAAAAAAGAUGUAUUUGUUAAGUCUUGCAUCAUGCUUACCCCUUGCAACGAGACGGAAUAUCUUUUCAAACACAUACGUUUACAUAUAUAUACUUAAUGGCACAUUACGUGUAUGUAUGUACGCGUACGUACAGUCUUAGAGCAAUAUUUACAGGAUACAGCUUCAGCUGAAUUGAAAAGUACCCCAAAUCGAGCUUGUUGCGCCCUCACUUUUAUAACUGCUGGAGAAUCGCCAGAGAGGAUUUGCGGUGUCCCAGCGCAAUUCAUGCAGUUAGCAGAAUAUCUGUCAAAUGAAAAUUUCACUGGAUAUUAAUUCUUAUAGGCCUCAAUCCCAACCACAAUAACAACAACAACAACAACAACAGCAAUGACAGAAAUAUUACUGGUUGUCAUGACAAGUGACAUUUUGUAAAAUCAGGUUCUGUGAUUUUAAGACUUACUGAAGAAUAGUAUGUAUAUAUAUAAAAAAUAAUAUAUAUAUACAGUACAUUUAUUUAUAUGGAAGUUAACAUUCUUGUUUCCUUAUAAAAUCACUGUUUCUCCUUUUUUCAUUUUUCUCUCUUACUUUGACCCCAGUCUUUCCAGGGGACUUGCCUGGUGCCGUACGGAAUCACAUGUCCACGUUUCUGCUGUGAAAUUACCCUUAUUUUCCCUGCUAAGAAAUCUGAUAUCUGUUGUGGUAGUUUCCCUCAUUUCUGUUGAUCAAUCAUUUAGAUUGUGAAAAGUUAAAAAAAAAAAUACAAAAAAAAAAAAAACUGUAUGUUGAAUAAAGAAUUAAUUUGUA